GUAUACGUGGGACACCUUCCGUUGUGUUGUCUACGAGUUUUGUCACUAGCUUUUAUCCUGUAUGAUCAGGUUGCAAGAUGUCUCACUCACAGCAGAGUAGAGGGCCGCCGAAUAUAGAGGGAAUGUACUCAUUGAAAGUGGACAAUUUAACGUACAGGACGUCGCCAGAAACAUUGAAAAGAUCGUUUGAAAAGUACGGCAAAGUAGGAGAUAUUUAUAUCCCACGGGACAGGGCCACGAAGGAAAGCAGAGGAUUUGCAUUUGUUCGAUUUUAUGAUAAACAUGAUGCUGAAGAUGCAAUGGAUAGCAUGGAUGGAAAAACACUUGAUGGUAGGGAGCUGAGAGUUCAGAUGGCGAGCCAACAACCGUAUAUUAUUAGAUAUGGACGACCACAAGAACAACAUUACAACAAUAGACGAGGACCACCUCAACGUUAUGGAGGAGGGGGAGGAUGGUAUGGAGGUGGUGGUGGUGGCGGCGGCGGCGGUGGUUAUGGAGGUGGUGGUGGAUACAGAGGUGGAGGUGGACGGUAUAGCAGAAGAUCCAGAUCACCACGACGAAGAUCAUAUUCCAGAUCCAGGUCUCGAUCACGUGACAGGGACCGAAGAAGGAGAAGUUACUCGAGAAGCAAAAGCCGAAGUCCUUCAAAAAGCAGAUCCAGGUCUAGGAGUCCGGUUGAACAAGAGGAACGGAAUGGAAGCAAAUCGAGAUCAAGAUCACCUGAGCGAGAGCGAGAUUGAGAAGUUCAGAACUUCAUUGAAGAAAAAAAUUGUCCCUAUUACUGGAUGAACUAUCAGAAGCCAGCUGUCUGUUGCAUAAGUUGAUUUGUCAGCCAGAAGUGCAGCGCAGCUGGUAAUUUUUAUACAUAAUUUUCGUAUGUGCUGUAAACUAAGAUAAAUUGAACAAUAACUGUUCGUGCUAGAUGUUUAAGGGUUUAGAACUUCGUAAAUCUCCAGCCAACUUUGCUGCUAUCUGAAUUCUGAAUAUUGGUCUAGUAUUUAUUAAAGUAUACUAGCGCCUCCAUAUGCCACCUAAGGAAUAUAUCCCCUAUUAAUUUUUAAUGACGAAAUUUUCGUGCCAAAUAUCAACACUUUUUUGAUAACAAUAUAUCAUGAUCUUGCAAGAACAUAGACCAGGUAUAUAUGACUUUAAAGUAAUGAAAAUAUGACAAACUUGUAGAGAAGUCCUUAGAUUUUAAAAUCAAUUUGUAAAGGAAAUUGCAUUUAUUUCUGCCAAAUAAAUUGGGAUUCCUCACAAAGAGGGACAUAUUAAAUGGAUAGUUUUGUGAUAGAAAUCAUAAGCUUGUUUGGAAUAUUUCCUCUGCAGUAUGAAACUGAUCAAGGCUUAUCAACAAAAAAUAAUGAAACGAUGUUUAGCAAUUUGAAAUUUUAUUCAUUUACAUUGAAAAUAGUUUGCCUUGGUGUUUGUAUUAUAUGCUCCUGUAUAAAAUUGAACCAUGUUUUAUUUUGUUGUUGUUAACCUUUAUUUUGCUUGCUUACAUUGUUUUUUACUCCUUAAAACAGCGAAUCGAGAGCGGUGA